CCAUCGCUAUUGGACAGUGGGUUUCGGAGCACCUGGAAAUCAGUCAACGGCGUACAGAUCCCACAGCGAGGCACUAGGCACAGCAAUGCGUACCAAGGACACAACGAGUGGAGAAUAAUACUUCAUUCAAGUGUCCACAUGGGAUGGGUCAUGUAGUAACUUCUGAAACCGUAGAAUAAGUGAUUUUCUCCUGGUUUCAUUUGGAGCAGCAAGGAUAUUUUUUAUGGAAGAGUCCACUAAGGCAGUUCCCGGGCGGAUAUUUCCCUGUCUCAACGCUUAUCCACAUCCGUAUUUUCGCCCCGUCGGUAUGGAAUAGCUUGCUAAAAUAAUGAUCCUUUGAUAUUUAAACAGUGAACCGAAGCCUACCUUUUGUCUUCCAAUUUCCCCUACUCGAUAUGGAGGACUCUAAUGCAACGAGGAAGACUUUCGUGGUCCCGGACAUUAAACCAUUGGAUUUGUAUGACAGUACAAGGGGGAAAAUAUGCGCAAGUGUCGGAUGGCUCCUAGCAAAAUCGUACGGCAAUGCAGAGAAAGUUCCGGUGGAGCUGCGGGAGCCCUUCUACUGCGACCAGUACGAACAGGAGCACCUCAAGCCCCCCGUCACACGCCUCCUGCUGUCCUCGGAGCUCUACUGCCGCACCUACACUCUGCUGGUGGGGGGCUCGGCGCCGGAGGGGGCCCCCCCACCGGACAACGCCGCCCUCCUGCGGCUCCUCGCCGACAGAGGACUGCCCCCGACGGACCUGGACGCGCCGGUGGGCGACGCAGACCUGCGGCGCAAGCCCAUCAAAAUGAGUGCCCACCUGGCCUUGAUGGACGCCCUCAUGGCGGUGGGUGCCAUGGAGACGGUGGCAACGGCGAAGACACGCGGUGCAGCGGGGCUGCUCGGCGGAGGGACCAGCUGGCAGGAGCCGCUCCUUCACUGGGUUAACGAGUUAAACCAAAAGCUGAGACGGAUGGAAGAAGGGACCCAAGACGAUCCGGCCCAAACGAACCCAGAGCUCGAGUCUGUGCAGCCCUCGUGUCCUACUCGCUGGUAUUGGAAACUUGUUCCUCUGCGGUAUAGGAAGGAUAAGACACAGUCCAGACAGAAACCCAUUUUCCCGAUAGUGAAUGAGGUCAAAGACCUGUCUACUGGUUGUGCUGUUGUUGCUGUAAUGCACUACUACUGCCCUGAUCUGUUACGACUUGAAGAUGUUUGUAUGAAGGAUGCCAUGUCUGCAGCGGACAGCCUGUCCAACCUGCAUUUCAUCCGUGAGUUCUGCGAAAGUUGUUUAAAAAGCUGCUGUUCCUUGGCACUGGAAGAUAUGCUUUACGCACCACCAGAGCUUCAGAGCAACUGGCUGAGCUUUCUCGCUGAGCUGCUGAACUGGUUUGAAGUACGAAGGCCAGAGUUCGUCCAACCCAGAGACUCAUCAGAUGGCUCCAGACCAGCAGUGCCAGCCAGCUCCAGUAAGAGUGGCUCACCUUCAAUCUUUAGGAGGCCCUUCGUUCCCAUCUCGUCCCACUUGUCCCAGUCAGGACCUUUGACUCAGUCUACCUCACUGUCUCAUCUAGAAAAUGCAGGAAAGACAAAGAUCAGGAAACCCCUCAGCCGCCCCCUGUCAGCCGUGUCUUUCAGCAUCCCCUUCGGCCUGGACAGCGACGUGGACGUGGUGAUGGGUGACCCCCUCAUCACGCGCUCCGUCAGCUCUGACCAGCUCACCCCGGGGGGCCCAGCCCAGGCCAGGGCGCCCUUCGCCCCCCCCGGGGACCUCGCCCACCUGCUGCCCCGAGCCAACGGGCCCCAGAGGGCCUCGUGGGUCACCCAGAACCCCAAUGCCCCGCGGCUGGCUGAGAACGGCCACCAGCGGGAGAGCGAGGCGGGGGAGCUGCCCACCAUCGAGGAGGCCCUGCAGAUCAUCCACAACGAGAGCAAGAUGGAGCCCCGGCACCACCCGGACGGGGCCCCCGACGGCUUCUACCUCCACUCCCCCGACGACCGGGCGGGGGGCCGGCACGCCGGCGGCCCCCCGCCCGGUCCCGUGAGCUGCUCGGCACCCUCGCGCUCGGGGACGAUGUACCGGCCCCCGGCGGAACUCCGGGAGCCCGGGCGCACCCGGAACCCCUCGGAGGGCUCCCGGGACGACGACUCGGUCCUGAGGGACGGCAGCGUGGACUCGGACGCCUCGGAGGACCCGCCCAAGACCCCUGCCGCCCCCGCCACGCCCCCCUGGCGCCCCCACGGCAAGGAGGCGUCGGACAGCGGCGUGAAGAUGACCAGCUUCGCCGAGCGCAAGAAGAGGCACGGCCCGGAGUCGCCCAAGGCCGGCGAGCCCCCCGCCGCUGCCCCGGGCGGGGGGGGCGAUGACGCGGCGGCCCGCGCCGUCGAGGAGGGCCCGGGCAAGAGCCCGAAGCUCACCAACGAGAUGUCGGAGCUGGGGGUGCGGCUGGAGGAGAAGCGCAAGGCCAUCGAGGCCCAGAAGAAACGCAUCGAGGCCAUCUUCGCCAAGCACCGGCAGCGGCUGGGCAAGAGCGCCUUCCUGCAGCUGAAGAAGGAGCAGGACGAGGGCGAGGGCGGCGCGGAGAACGGCCAGGGCCCCCCCGCCGCCGACGGAGACCUGAUGCUGGAGGAGAGGCUGGCCCGCAUGGAGCAGGAGGAGAAGGGGCACGACGAGCGGCGCCCCUCAAAGGACGAGGGCGGCGACAGAGCGGGGGCUCAGGCCGACAAAAAGGCGGCUCCCUCGGGCGAGAAGGCCACGGCACCGCUGGGCGACUACAACAACGCCGUGUCCAAGCUGACUAUGGCGCUGAGCUCCCUGCAGAGCGACAUGCAGCGCCUCUCGGACCAGCAGAGCCAGCUGAUCCGGAAGAAGCCGGCGGCGCCCGGCGCCCGGUCCUGGGUCAUCCCGCCCGGCCCCAAGCCUCCCACGCCGGGGCGCUCGUCCCGCGAGCCCUCCCGGGACCUCAACUCGGCCUCCUCCUCCCCCUCGCCGUCGCCCUCGCGCCGCGCCCCGGGCCAAACGCCGCCGCCCAAGUCGCCGUACGCUCACCGCCGCGCCCAGUCGGCGCCGCCGAAGAGCCCAAAGCACCAGGGCCCCGGGGUGUCCCGGGUGCUCACGGCGCCGCGCAACGUGGACCGCAUCCCCCACCUGCGCCGGGUGGACCCCUGGCAGUGCAAGGUGCAGACCUCCUCGUCCUUCACCAUCGGCUCGGACGACCGGCCGGCCGACCUGUACCCCUCCCCCGACCCCACGCCGGCCCACACCCCCGACCGCACGCCGGCGCCCACGCCCACGCCGCCGCGCCUCCCGGCCGAGGACGCGCUGUCGGAGGCGGGCUCCAAUGACAACCAAAGCAUCUUCAGCAUGGAGCUGGACACCCCCCGGAAGGAGCGGCCGGCCGUGGGGGGCAGCAGCUCCGGGGCCCCCUCGGAGUGCUCGUUCGAGAGCGACGCCGUGUUCAACGGCGACAAGCGCGGCGGCGGCGGCGGCGGCGGCCUGGUGGAGGUCUCCCUGCUGGCCGCCCGGGGGGGCGGGGGGGAAGGGGGGGAGGACGACGACGAGGAGCAGGGCCCCGACCCCUUCUCGGACUCCGUGAGCGACGUGACCGAGCCCGAGCUGAGGAGCGGCCUGGGCUUCUUCUUUAAGGACGACAAGGAGCGCCCAGAGGAUGAGAUGGCCCAGCGCAGGGCGGCGCUGCUGGAGAAGCAGCAGAAGAGGGCGGAUGGCAUGAAGAAACGCAAGCUGGAGCUGGAAAAGGAGAAAGAAGCCAACAGGCCGCAGUGGAUGACCAUCGAGGGCUGGGGGGACAAGGGGGACUCGCGGCCUUCAACCCCGGGCACCCCCACGGGGUCAAGCACCCCCACCGCCGAGGGGACGCCCCAGCGCAGGGGGGACUUCACCCGGCUGGAGUACGAGCGGAGACACCAGCUGAAGGUCAUGGAGGACCUGGGCAAGGUCCUGAGGCAGAAGCCCACCACCGUCCGCGGCGUGAAGAACCGGCCCAAGACCGUCUUCCGAGACGACUCGGGCCUGUCCCGCAGCCCCGCCAAGGGUUUUGACACCAGGUUGAACAAGCAGUACUCCCACUCCACCAUGAACCUGUCUUCAGUGGCCAACGACCUGAGCGUCAGGAAGUCUCCCAGCCGCUCCCACUCGCCUGCCAGGCGAAGCUCCCCGGGGAGGGUGAGCUCCCAGAACGGGGACAGGGACUGGGAGAACGGCUCCACCAUCUCCUCCCCGGCCUCCAUACCGGAGUACACCGGGCCCAAGCUGUACAAGGAGCCCAGCUUCAAGUCAAAUAAGUUCAUCAUCCACAACGCUAUCUCUCGCUGCUGCCUCGCCGGCAAGGUCAACGAACCGCAGAAAAACAAGAUUGUAGAGGAAAUGGAAAAGAGCCCGGCCAACCACUUCCUCAUCCUGUUCCGGGACGCCAGCUGCCAGUUCCGGGCGGUGUACACCAUGAACCCGGAGACGGAGGAGAUGGUGCGUCUGACCGGCGUCGGGCCCCGCGUCAUCGGGCCCGACGUGGUGGAGUCCAUCUUCAAGUACAGCUCGGACCGCAAGCAGUUCACCGCCAUCCCGUCCAAAACCAUGUCCAUGAGCGUGGACGCCUUCACCAUCCCCGCGCAACUCUGGCAGAAACGCCCCGGAACGCCCAAGAAGCUAGGCACUCCCAAAUAGCCUGUCGUCGUCCCCCCCCCCCCCCCCCCCCCCCCUCCCCCUGACCUCACCUCACCUGACAUGAAAGGCAAGCAACAGAAGGACACGCUCUCCUCACAGUGGAGUUCUCCCACCUCCCUCGCCUCCCCUCUUUUAAAAGCCCCCCCCUUCUUCCUCACAGGUACAGCAUGAGGGUUGUGGAGUUGAGGGCUUGCUGCUAGGCAACGGUUUGGACCGGCCGGUGGGGGGGGGGGGGGGGGGGGGGGGGGGGGAGAUACGUCGCUCGCCAUGACUAGACACCGACGGCCAACGAAAACCCGCAACUAUUGCCAUCGUCGAAAGCCCUCGCGCUGUAGAUCGCGGUCCCUUGAGCCGAUGGUCGCGACUGCCACAGUUUUACCUGCCUUGCGAAAAAAACGAAAAAAAUGAUAUACUGUAUAUAUCUAAAUCUGGUGUUAUCUGGAUGGACAAUCAAAUGCUAUGUAGUCCUUUUUUUUUUUUUUGCUCGUCCUUUGCCUAUGCCUUGCUGUUCCAGUGCCCCGUGGCCGGCUCUGUGAGACGAGUCAUGCUGCCGCCCCACCACCCACCCCCACCCCCCCCAGGUAAUAGAGCCAGGUGGAUCCAGAGUCAAUUCUGAUCCUUCCCUUUUCCCUAUUCCUGCUUUUUCGUUCUUAAGGCUGCCUUCUCGUACCCCCCCCCCCCCCCCCCCGCCUAUCUCCGCUGCUUUCCUUCAUCUCCUGAGAGCAGAGCCUCAACUCUCAGGUACGGGUGAAAUGAACCGCGGGUAACACUACUCUCGUAUGAAUGUAGGGUACACACACAUGCUCACACACGCUGAUUCCAUAACUGGGGGCGUUUUGAUUGGUUGACACAGACCAGGAAGUACUGUAGGCGGUGGCAGGUUUCCCUUGGGGAGGAGGAGGAGGAGGAGGAGGAGGGGUGGUGUUGGGGUUAGUGGUGAUAUAUGUGGCUUUCAGCAUCCGCUCCGCCUGUGCCCUCAGGGAUAGUGUGGUUCCGCUUCAGCGGUCUGUCGGCUGUAGACGUCUGGAUGUUUUUUGUUAAAAAUAAAAAUGAAUCUUCAUUCUGACAUGUGUUUGCUGGACAAAAUUGCCACAACUUUUUUGCGAGAGAAAACGAAAAUGAAGAUCCACCCGUCAUUUUUCCUACUAUGUUCUGAAGGAGGGCUUUAUUCUGUGUCUCCGCAACACGGAUGUGGGAACCCGGUAAUCGCUUUGGGUGUAAUAUAUGAUGAUUCAAUUUCUUGUAUUAUUUCUUUCAUUUUGACACUGAUUUUUGUAUACAAGUAAGUUGACAUUUGUAAGCUAUUAAUAAGCUAGCCUGCCGCUUAAGCAUUUAGUGAGAUGUAUGUCCGGGGUGGCUGAUGACCGCGGCGCAAGAAGAAACGCUGUUGUGUCACAUGAGAACGUGCUUGAGAACUCCUCUGAAACUAGGACGAAUAAAAUACUCGAGUUCAUGAACAAGCUGUUUUUCACGUUGUGUACUGCCCUUGUGUGUGCGCGUGUCCUUGCACGGGAACGGUGAGGUCCACUUUGACGAUGAAGGAUGAUUUAUGAAUGCACCAGCCCUACUUCCCCCUACCCCUACUCACAGCAGCCCUCCUCUGAGGCUUGGGCAGAAUGUAGUAAAAAAAAAACAUGUUGUGUCGCCAUUCUGCUCAUCCGAUUGGGGGAAAUAACUAUUGAACGUAUGAAUUGCUCUGUGCAACAGGGCAUCAUGGCCACAAAAAUCAAGCCCCCCCCCUCCCUUUUUGCCUUCCUAAGCACUGCAGGAGGUGGGUGUUAGACCGCAGUCCUGCAUCCCAUGCCACUUUAACAUCUCAUACUGCCGCCAAUCGAUGUAUAGAGUUGAAAUGAGAUACAUUUUUAGUGCUGUAGAAAUUAUCUGGGGGGCCAUGGUAAGGAUUGUUUUUGAAAAACUGAGGUGGUUACUAUGGUGUGAUCCAGUGUGUACGGAAGUAGAGAUGUUUGUAUAUAAUUGUUUGUAAAAAGAAGAAAAUCUAUGGUAGGUGAACACAAUCUGUGCAAUAGUUCCAUGUUCCACCAGGGUUUAUUUAUUGGGUAUGGAUUAGAUGGUGGAUUAGAUGUGUAUGUUCAGAUUCUAUUAUUUAUGUCCUUUUAUUUUUCCGCCGUGGUGAUUCACUCUUCCUAAUUUCAUAGAAUUCAUGUUGUAACCCAUUCUUAUUAUUUUGCUGUGUCAUGUCUGAGGUACCAGAGUGGCUGUGUUCAUUUCAUGUUAUUUCAACUGAAAAAAAAACUUUUUUUUCUCUCCUGGAAACUGGACCACAAAAAUUAAAAAAUCCUUUUUAAAUCA